AUGGCCCUCAGAGCUUCAGCCACCGCUAAACCACCACUUCCUCCGCCGCCGGCAUUACCAUCUUCCCCAAGUCCCAAACUAUUUGUUCCAAUUAAAGCCGUCCCUCUGAAAUCAAAUCAAUUGCAGGUUGCUCUCCCUACUUCAACUACACUCUCUUUACUAGCUUCAUUUGCAGCUCCUAAUGGAGCCAGAGCUAUCGCACUUCCCAAGGAACAAAUUGUCUCUUCUUUAGAUCAGGUAGAAUCCACCAUUGAUAAAGUUCAAGAUGUGAGCUCAAGUAUAUUCGGUGUUGCUGGGCAAGUGAUUGGGAGCGUGGUUGAGGUUGUGAAGCCGGGAAUCGAUGUUGCAGUACCUAUUUUAAAGCAGGCUGGAGAGCAGGCCUUAAAGAUUGCUUCCCCUGUGAUUUCAGAGGCCUCGAAGAAGGCUCAAGAAGCAAUUGAAAGCUCUGGCUUUGACACACAACCUGUAUUAACAGCAGCGAAGACGGCUUCUGAUGUUGCACAACAAACCACCAAGGUUAUUGUAGAUGCCAAGCCUAUGGCUGCAUCAACAGUUCAGACCAUCUCCUCUGCUGACCCUCUUACAAUUGUUGGUGCUGGUGGGGCACUGGUCCUUGCUUAUUUGCUUCUUCCUCCUGUCUUUUCUGCCAUAUCUUUCAGUCUUCGCGGAUACAAGGGUGACCUGACUCCAGCACAGACAUUAGAUCUGAUGUCUACAAAGAAUUACAUCUUGAUUGAUAUUAGAUCGGAGAAGGAUAAAGACAAAGCUGGGAUUCCUCGCCUUCCGUCUAAUGCUAAAAACAAAAUGGUUGCAAUUCCAUUGGAAGAAUUGCCCAGCAAGCUUAAAGGGCUUGUGAGAAAUGUAAAGAACGUAGAAGCUGAAUUGGUGGCUUUAAAAAUUUCAUACUUGAAGAGGAUUAGUAAAGGGUCCAACAUUGUGAUCAUGGGCACAUAUUCGGAUACAGCUAAGAUAGUAGCGAAAACCCUAACGAAACUCGGCUUUAAGAACAGCUGGAUCGUGACAGAUGGUUUUUCGGGAAGUAAAGGAUGGCUGCAGAGCCGGUUAGGAACAGAUUCUUACAAUUUCUCCUUUACUGAAAUAUUGUCACCUUCUAAAAUCAUCCCAGCCUCAACCAGACGUUUUGGUACAGUAGGCUCAACCAAAUUGCUUCCUGGAAGCUCCGAUUAA